GCCAUCUCAAGGCACAAUCCAGAUCUCAGUUGUCACUAUUAUCAUUUAGCACCAUCCAAUAACGACCUAUAAAACACAAAAGCAAAAAUGAACCUCUUCGACACCCGCUGGAAACUCCCCCUCCACUGCUUCCAAAUAUUUCUGAUCGUGAUGGUAAUUGGUCUUUCCAUCCCAAGGCUCUUCAUGAAGAACCAGCCCCGCACGCGAGCUAGUACAAUCGGCCUCGGGAUGGGUGCAAAAUCCCUAGUAAUUGUCCUCUACCAACUCCUGACAGAACACAUCGCCGCCCUCGGAAAAUGGGCAAGUCUAAAAGCAUACACGAUUCUCAAUGCCCUGGAGAUCGUUUUCUGGGCCGCAGUUGCGGUUUUGACUAUUCAGGCCAAUGUACAGAUGUGUGUGGCGCCUGGAUGCAUCUUGGGCUGGGGCGUGGCUAUUACGGGGAUUAACUUGAGUGUUUUGGCGAUUUAUGCGACUAUCAUUUCUUAUCGUGAAUGGCAACAGUCUAAGGGUGGGGAAAGGUCGGAUGGAUACAAGAGGGCCCAUGAGUUGAGGAGUGCUAGCCCUGUUUCUAGUGUGUGAUUGGGAUUUGAUCGCUUGGGGUAUUUAUGAG